CCAAGGUGGCCACUCUCGGCCCCUCGGCAACUUCCCGGGCCUCAGGCCCCACGCUGCCCGCCGCUGACCUCCUCUUCCAGGCACUUCCGGGAGCCGCCGCCCUUUGCCCCCGGAAGUGGGCGGGAGAGGAAGCUGCUGGUGAUGCUGGAACAAAUAUGGCCGUCCCGGCGCCGGUCGGGCCUUCGGGCUCCCGCCGUCCUUCGCUGGCCGCCGGCCUCCAGCUGCUCCCGCUACUGGGGCUACUGCAGCUGCUGGCCCAGCCUGGCUUGGGCCGCGUCCACCACCUGGCGCUCAAGGAUGAUGUGAGGCAUAAAGUUCAUCUGAACACCUUUGGAUUCUUCAAGGAUGGCUACAUGGUGGUUAACGUCAGUAGCCUUUCAGUCAAUGAACCUGUAGGAGCCACAGACAAGGACAAAACUAUUGGAUUCAGCUUAGAUCGCACAAAGAAUGAUGGAUUUUCUUCUUACCUGGAUGAAGAUGUAAAUUACUGUAUUUUAAAUAAGCAGUCAGUCUCUGUCACCCUUCUAAUCCUAGACAUCUCCAGAAGUGAGGUGAGAGUAAGAUCCCCACCAGAAGCUGGUACCCAGUUGCCAAAGAUCGUCUUCAGCAAGGAUGAGAAGGUCCUAGGCCAGAGCCAGGAGCCUGGGGCUAACCCCGUUUCAGCAGGCAACCAGACGCAGCUAAAACCAGACAGUGGAAAAUCUAAAAGAAGUACAGUAGAUUCAAAGGCAACGGGAGAAAAAUCCUUUUCUGUUCACAAUAGUGAUGGGGCAGUUUCUUUUCAGUUUUUCUUUAACAUCAGCACUGAUGACCAAGAAGGCCUCUACAGUCUUUAUUUUCAUAAAUGCUCUGGGAAUGGAGCGCAGUCUAGCGACAAGUUUUCCUUCAGCCUUGAUAUUGAGAUCACAGAGAAGAACCCCGACAGCUACCUCUCCGCAGGAGAAAUCCCUCUCCCUAAAUUAUACAUUUCUAUGGCCUUUUUCUUUUUCCUUUCUGGAACUAUCUGGAUUCACAUCCUUCGAAAACGACGGAAUGACGUAUUUAAAAUUCACUGGUUGAUGGCGGCCCUUCCUUUCACCAAGUCUCUUUCCUUGGUGUUCCAUGCAAUCGACUACCACUAUAUCUCCUCUCAGGGCUUUCCGAUCGAGGGUUGGGCUGUCGUGUACUACAUCACUCACCUCUUGAAAGGGGCACUACUGUUCAUCACCAUCGCGCUCAUCGGCACCGGCUGGGCUUUCAUUAAGCAUAUCCUUUCUGAUAAAGACAAAAAGAUCUUCAUGAUUGUCAUCCCGCUCCAGGUACUGGCAAACGUGGCCUACAUCAUCAUAGAGUCCACCGAGGAGGGGACAACGGAAUAUGGCUUGUGGAAGGACUCUCUGUUUCUGGUGGACCUGCUGUGCUGUGGAGCCAUCCUCUUCCCAGUGGUGUGGUCAAUCAGGCAUUUACAAGAAGCAUCAGCAACAGAUGGAAAAGGUGACAGCAUGCGACCUCUUCAGCAGAGAGCGAAUAUGAAAACAGGAAGUCACACCAGCACACCAGCUGCUAUUAACCUAGCAAAGCUGAAACUUUUCAGACACUAUUACGUCUUGAUCGUAUGUUAUAUAUACUUCACCAGGAUCAUUGCAUUUCUCCUCAAACUGGCGGUUCCGUUCCAGUGGAAGUGGCUCUACCAGCUCCUGGAUGAAAUGGCCACGCUGGUAUUCUUUGUUCUUACGGGCUGUAAAUUCCGUCCAGCUUCAGAUAACCCCUACCUACAACUUUCUCAGGAGGAUGACUUGGAAAUGGAAUCAGUAGUGACGACAUCAGGGGUGAUGGAGAACAUGAAGAAAGUCAAGAAGGUGACCAAUGGCUCAGUGGAGGCUCAGGGUGAUUGGGAAGGCACCGCAUGAUGGAGCAGAUUGAGGCUGGGACUGUCAAAGAGAACCUCUAAUUUAUUAAUCGUCCUAGUGGUGAGCAGGAGCAGUUGGCACCUCCCGACAGUGACACCACAGAGCACACGGCUGGGAACAAAGUGCCACGGAAACCUAAUUUUUUACUCUCUCUUAUGGAAACUGGAUCUGUGGCUGGUUAUAGAAUUCUUCAAAUGGGAAUGGCGGGGAGGGAGUGCAGACAGGAGGAGGAUAAAAGGAAGACUUUGUAAUUUAUAUUUCUCUCUUUUUUAAAUUGAGAACUCUCAAGAAAUACACAGUUGUGCCCUCAAGUGUGUGGCAGCAGGGAGAGCAGUGGUGGCAGGCAGGCAGGUGGCCGUGCAAGGCUGGGGCUGGUCACAGUUCAGGAACGGGGGAUCAGGGGCUGAGGUAGGAUACAGAACUUAGAAGGGAAGGGGAACGUUGAGGGACAGAAAUGAAUGAAAUUAGGUUAUUUUAGAAAGCAGAGUCAAAACCCAAUUUAGUAACUGGAGGCUGCCGCAGAAUUCUGGCCCUGAACCCGGAUUCUGAAAGUGACCAGGAGCCAGCAGCUCCCGAGGCCCAGUGGUCCUCUCUUCCCAAAAGGCUCUGUUGUCUUAGGGCUGAAUAUCUCUGUCAGAGUCAUGGCUCUGGAAUUAUGGUGGGAAGUGCUAUUCUGGAUUGAAGCAUAUUUGGUGUUGUCUAAUGGAUAGACAGAAAUGUAUGUUUAAGCUCAAAAAGCAUUAUCUAGUAGGAUUCCCUUGAACAUCUGGCUCCCCCAACUGCCCCAAGCAGGACCACCUCUUUUCCCCCUUCUGUGGCUGUGUCGGUUUUGUGUAAUCAAAAUAUGGAGAGAAACGGGAAGGAAUUUCCUUAAAAGGAGCAGCUGGGGGCAGAAAAGCUAGUGUUUAAGCAAAUAUUUGAGUACAAGCAAAUUGUCAUCAUUAUAAGUUUUUCCUAUAAACCUGGCAGGCUUUCUGACAGGAAUGAAAUGGGCCUCAUCCGUGUCUCCCAAGGGCAUGCACUCGAAGAGAACAGGUGUGGUUAAACAGCUUUUCUCUCAGGGACUGGGGAUGGCGAGCUCUCUCUCAAACUCAGCCGAGGGCCCUUCCAAGCUCUUGGAGCCUGGGGAUGGGUGCGGGAGCAGUGGUGCAGCUGGUAGCGGAGUCCUCUGGAUCAUAAGAUGAGCUCAGAAGGUCCACUGCAGCCCAGGGGACGAGGGCUCGGCAGUGAACUCCUACCAGGGUUGUGGUCCCCAGGCCUGAGACCAGAGGAAGAACCGUGGCCUCAUGGGGAACGCUCCCCGGGGGUGCCAGGAGUCCACACCUGCGUGGGGGUGAAGGGGCCACUGUCUUCCCGUUGGCUUGGAAGCGUCCACCAGAAACUGUAGAACCUGGGGGUUGUGCUCAGCACCCCAGCUUCAGGCACCUGGAGAGUCUGUCCUCAGUUGUCCUUCCCCUGUGCUGUCCUCUGUCCUGGACGAGGGAGCAGGAAAGCCUUCUUUCCACGCACAUUCCUCAGUCCUCAGUGCACUGCUCAAAGGAGGCUGAGGCGUCCCAGCCACCUGUGGGCUGCCACCCAGUGUCUCCCCUCUUCCCAGGCGGCUGCUCACCUCUCCACAGAUUUCAGGGGAGGGCCAUGUGUCUCCCCACCUUCAGGAGCAAGGAAAUACGCCCCAAGUAUUUAUUUAAAAGUCUUUCUUUUUCUGUCUUUCUUCCUUUUUUUUCUUAAGUGAGGGCUACACGAUGGGAGCCUUAUGGAAGUUGCAGGGACGAUGGAAAUAUUAAGAGUCUGUUUUCUUGGCGUAAACGUAGUCCCGGGACUUCCAAAGUGUCUCAUGCUAUGGCCACCCCCCCCCCUUAGGUGCUUCCCUCAGAGGGACACCUUUGCUGUUUGUCCUGCGAGCAGAUGUUCUUGACUAGGCCGUGAUGACUUCUUGCAAGACCCGGAAGUGUGAAGAAACUUACCCCCUAGCCAGAGUCCCCACAGGGGUGUUCUCAAUUCACUUGCUGGAAGCAGGGGAGUGAAGGAGGGAGGGAGGAAGAGAAUAGGUGGGGGUAGCCUCUACCUCCCCGCCACUACCCAAGCCACGCCGGGCCUCUGUCUGCCAGCUCAUGCUCAUAGCGGCUGAGCGGCUGCAGCGGGACAGUCCUGACCCCUCUGAAAGGGAGAGUGGUGAUGUCGGAGUACCGGAUAAUAAGCAGCUUGUCUGCCUAAGUCCUACACUGAAACUGGCAGAAGGUGUGAAGUGAAGCCCUGUUAUCAAUAAAAAUCAAACCCCAGCCCAAGAUGGGGAAAACUGGUUUUCCCACGUUUGUACAAAUUGUUAGAGUUCUCCAUCCUGUAAGAUGUCCACGUUUGUACAAAUUGUUGGAGUUCUCCAUCUGUAAAAAUGGCUUCCCUUUC